UUAAUAAUGGAAGAUUCUGAUAAUUCAAUAUUAGAGGUUGCUAAACAUUCUGAUCAUAAUACACAAACUAGUAAAACUCAAAAAAAAAGAGGCCGUCCAAAAAAUAUACUUUGGGAUAAUUAUUUUAAAGAAAUUAAUCUGCAUAAAGAUGGUCACAAAAGUUGGGAAUGUCUAUAUUGUAAAGAACAAAACCUACGUGCAUCUGAUAUAAACAUGAACACACAUUUGGUUUUAAAUUCAGCAUUAGAUAUUAUUACUGGUGUACAACCACAAAUUAAUAAUAAAUUUCAAAUUAUAAAUAUAAUGGAUCCCAGACAAGAAGAAUUAU